CGAAACCACCGGCGUAUUCGAUAUGAGCAACCAUAUUUGAUUUUUUCGGAGGAGAACUUCAAAAUUGACGAGAGGCUUUCGUUUGAAGAUAAAACAAAGCUGCCGUGAGACAUCUUCUAAACGCCACACCCGGAAUAUCAUUUUCUGUUGUUUUCAUACCUUUUUUAUCGGAGGAGGUUUUGAACACAUUUUGACAAGUGGAAAUGAGUUUUCCUUCCGACCAUCAAGGUCCUCUCAUCCCAGAUAUUGCAGCGCUUGUUUUCUCGUUUCUUGACGUUUCAGAAAAGCAAAUUGCUGCCCAAGUUUGUCGUUUGUGGAGAAGGGUGUCUUAUUUGCCGUCUUUAUGGCGUGGAGUGACAGUAGUGCUUCCUUUGGAUUGUUCAGAGGCUCUCGUCAAAAGCCUCAGCAAACGGAAAAUAACGAGGGUGAACUGCUCGAGGGCUAACAACGAUGAUUUAUCUAUUUUGUUCUCUAAUUUACCGGAGAUUACUCAUCUUAAUCUAGGAGGAUGCCCGCAGGUAAGCGAGGUGUUUCUCAAAGAAGAAAUCCCUAAACUACAUGAGUUACAACACCUUUCCUUCAGACGAUGCGGGAGGUUGUCUGACAGUGUUUUAGAGGCAUGUGGGCCUCACCUCAAGAAACUUAACAGUUUCACUUUGGAGGACUGUGAUAACAUCACUGAAGCUGGCUUUCAAAGUUUUGUCAAGCAUUUAAGUGAGCUUGAAGUGUUGGACUUGACUUGGUGCGAAGGGCUCACUGAUGGGUGUCUGAAGAUACUCGCAAACAGCUGCCCUAAAGUGUCCAGCCUUAGUUUACGGGGAUGUGACUGGGUGACUGUGCUUGGUGUUCGACAUGUGGCUGAGAAUCUCAAGGAUUUGACUGUACUUGACUUCAAAUGGAGUCAUGGAAUAAAUGAUGUAGCAGUUGAACUUGUGGCGAAGAAUCUUCCAGAAGUGACAUUUUUAGAUGUCAAGGACUGCCCUUUUGUGACAAGUGAUGGUAUUGGUCAUGUGACAAAACACCUGACCAAAAUAAAACACUUGUCGUUUGGUGGCGGUGAUCACAUGCAUUUUGCAAACAGUGUUCAAGACAUUGAGGUUAUGUUCACAGACAUUUCAAAGCUGACUGAGCUUAGAUGUUUAGCUUUUGACUUUUGCGAUGGCAUCAGUGAUUCUGCAAUGCAUACUCUCAUUAAGAGCUUGCCGAAUCUGAAGGUGUUAGAUGUCGGGUAUGUUGAAACAAUCAGUGACAAUACUGCUGACUUGAUUGCCUCACACCUACAGAAGCUAGAGUCAUUAUCACUGAGCAGUCAAAAAUUGGCCGACAGAGGAGUCACGACUAUUGCCAGCAAGCUUACGCAGUUGAAAACUCUUGACCUGAGAAACUGUGAAAUAAGUAAUGAUGGAAUGGCAAGAAUGGCUCCAUUUUUGAGAAAUUUAAAAUCUUUGAUUUUGUCAUCCCAUUCCAAACUUACAAAUGUUGGAGUGAAGUACAUUGCAAAUUUUGUCAGGAACCUUACAAGCCUUGAUUUGAUGGACUGUUGUGGAGUGACAAAUGCAGGUGUUGGGAUUCUAGCUUUCAACUUAACACAGUUACAGCAGCUGAAUCUGUCAUACUGCAGGCAUGUUUCUAACAAAGGUAUUUGUGAGGUUGGAAAAUAUCUCAAAGAACUCAAGCAACUAACUUUAGACCAGACCAAAGUUACAGACCAUGGGUUUGUUUAUGUCAGUCGACAUCUGCCCAAGCUUGUUUCUCUUGGUGUCGAAGGAUGUAAGAUAACAGACAGAGGUCUGGUCAAAGCCUCAGGAUCCCUCACAAAUCUAGAAGAGCUUGAUCUUGGUUCGAAUCUCAUCACAGAUGAAGGAAUCAAACAAGCUGUAGUGCACCUGAAGGGUUUGACGGACAUGACUCUGACAAGCUGUAACUCAAUCACAGAUGCUAGCAUUGAAUGUGUUAUAAACCAUCUCCCUUGUUUGACGCAUCUGGGAAUUGAAGGCUGCCUUCACAUCUCAGAGGAAGCUGUGGAAAGACUCAGAGAAACUGCAAAGUCAGCCAUCAGUUUCUUUUAGGUUGUUGAAGACUUCUUUGAACUGUUACCAUAAAAUCUCUAUUAAACCCCUUCCACCUCUCGAAUAAGCUCCCCAAAGCCCUAAUUUCCCUGUUAUCAAAAUUGCUUCUGAAGGAUAGCCUUUUAAAAGUAUGUACCCUAAAUCUAAAUUUUUUUGUAUGCAUUUUUGCCUUUGUACUUUGCCUUCAAUUGACGCUGAAAAUAACCCUAUCCUCCAGGGAGUUUAAUAGAGUUUUUGUGUCAAUUUCAGACAUUUUGUGUGCUAUAUACAUGUAGCUUUGUUUCAGAAUUGUCAUCCUAGAGUAACUUCAUUUCAGGGUGUGUACAUUAGUCAAGGCCUUACUUUUGAUCUAGCAUGUAGUUAUAGACAAAUACAGCAGAUAAGAUUUUAAUUUCUUCAUUUAAAAUAUUGAUGUUCAUCAACAAGGUAUACCAUUUUUCAGUGUUAGAACUGUUGAUUAGAAAGUAUAUUUUUAUCAGGGUAAGUGAUUUUAUGUCCUCUUUUUCAAGAUAAUUUCCAUUAUUUCCAUUCCAUUCCAUGUUCUAUGGUUGACCAACAAAGGGUUUCCAUCAAACUUUUUAUAAUUACAGCAAGCAAAAAUGACUCUGUUAGCCUCCUUAGAAGAUUUGUAUUUUUUACAAUUAAUGAAAACUUUCAUAUGUUACAAUGUAUAUUAUACUGGUACUUAAUCAUUUCACAAAGUUGAUGCCUUAUCAAAGAAAAUAGCUUUGAGACCAGUUUGACAUUGAAAUACAGUUGAACCCCACUAUUUUGAACACUCUCAGGGGAAAGGAAGAAUAGUUUAAAAUAGCAAGAAUUAGAUAUAGCCAAUAGUAAAUGACUGAAGGGCAAAUGAAGGAAAUAAUUUUGAGUUUGAAAUACUGGGGAAUUCAAAAUAACCAAGUUUGAAUAAGUGGGGUACAACUGUAUUUCAAAGGCCCCUGGUAGGAUCAGUUACAAGCCACUGUUCAGGAAAGGAGCGUGCACUUGAGGAAAUGGACCAGACACUGCAGAGCAACAAAAUUAAGCCUGAUUUUCGAGCACAGUAUAUAGUGUAGAGUUUCUGACCAAACCAUUCCCUAGCUUCUGUUGUCCAGACCAUAAAUCAAGACAUUAACCCAGCCUUUAUCUUGUAACUACCCUUAUUUAUGUUUUCCAUUUGUCACUUUCGUAGGAAGAGUGAUAGGCAGUGAUUCCAUUGCAAUAUUUGUUCAUUCUGAACAACUAGGUGAGGGUUUUUGACACAUUGUAGAUUUGGAUAAAGAAAGCUUACUUGAUUUUUAGCAAUUUUGAAUAAAGUAGGUGGCUUUGAACUCUUACUUGCAAAUUAGCUUCAAGUGGCUAAUAAAACUGACUGGUUUUAUUGAAAACGCUAUUAGGUAUGAGCUAUUAAAUCACUUAUUAAAUCAAAUUAAAAAUAAAGCUGCUUGAACCAAGAGAAUUGAGAACUUAAUAUAUUUUUAAAGCCCAGAUUAGCAUUAACUGGCUUCAGGCUAACAACAUUAUGAGAAUCUUGACUUAGAAAAUAACUGCACGGAAAAGAAUGCUAAAGACUAAGAUGUAAAUAGAAGAUAGUAGUGCUAUUCAGAAUGUGUCCAUCUUACAAUGUGAUGUUAUUGUUGGGACAAAUGCAGUGUUGUUUACCUUUUGAAAUAUGAAGAAAAAUUUUCCUGUUUGAAAUUCUUUUGAAGUGAAAUAUUUCAGAGCCAUUUUUGUAAUCUGAGGCUUGCAUCAGAUUGUAUUUGUGCCAUUGUGAAGGUAGCAUUUUUAAAAUAAACCAGGUCUUUAUUCGCUUUCAUGUCACUGGAGUACUUGUAAUUUAAUGCACUGCAUAUAGGAACAAGACUAUUCCUCACGGGGAAAUGUGAACACACCAUCCAUUAACUCACUGCAGAAUACCAAACCGUAUUAAUGUUCAGUUAAAUGCCACUGACUGUGCUAAGUAGUUCUUCCAAUUAGCCAAAAUAAGUAGUUUCCCAUUAGGCUUAUUUAGACACUUUUUUCAUUGGCUAUUAUAACACAAGAUUGCACUCAGGUGAAAAUGAUCCAUACCACUAAAGCAUAUCUGGAGCUCUGUAGCAUGAAACAACUACAGGUUUUGAUCCUCUACCUGGAUGGGAUGUCAACCCAUCAACCUCUAACAAUUGACUGAAAAUACUGCUUUCAGUGUUGCAAUAGGUGACAGAGAUUCUAUAAGUUUUUUGCAAUCUGAUCUGUUUCAAUCUGUUCUGAAUUUUCGGUGGCUUCUGUCCACCUUCAUCAGAGCUGCGAUCUUAAGGUUCGUUAUUGCCUGUGCUGCAAGCCCUAUUGAUUUUUUAAAUCAACAGUAAGCAAGCGCGAAGGAGCCAUUUCCUCUCGCUGAUGGCAGUACUUUCCAAAGUUGAGUGCAACAACUCCAAGAAAAGCCUCUUGUAGUAGUUGAUCAUACCACAUUUGAGAAUCUGGGUGUCCCUUGAGUGGAAGUUGUGAUCCAUGGACUCAGCAUGCUGUUUAAUUGUUGAUUCACUGUUGGUCGUGGGGCCUGGAUCGUGCUUGGCCCUGCGUGGGCUGCACAUUGAGUCAGAACAUUGGGACAGCAAGUGCCUUUGGAGUUCGAGCAAAAUAAUUCCUUUGCAAGUAAAUGAGAGAUAAGUUUUCAUGACCUUGACGAUCAUCAUUGCAGUACGAGUAGGGAUACCCCCUUCCCUCCACUUUUUUGGGAAAAAUUAAUUUUAAAUAAGACUUGCCAGCCAAAAAUUAUUGAAAGUAUCAUCAACUUCAAAAGAAUUCUAAAAGGAACUCUCCCAACUGCUAAAUCAUCACCCAGAAAACAUGUCAUGUCAGUUUUCUCCAGAAGUCUUCCUAAUUUUCUCUUCUCUGCAGGAUUGUGUUACAUCAACCAUUGACCACUUGCAAUCAUCAUGUUCAAAAAGCAACUUAAAAAAUGACAAAAAAUUGUUUCUCUUAAAGGUAUCCCAAAAAUAGUGCACCAAAUGACAUUAGAGCAUGUCAAGAUUGUCAAAAUUUUCAAGGGGAGGAUGCCCCCAGAUCCCCACACAAGGAUGGGCCUGCAACCAAUCAGCACGUGCCACCAGCCCUUGUGUUCGAUCACUAUAAAAUGUGUUCCUAAAGGCUUUGUAAUAACGAAAUGGUUCCAUAAAUGGGAUAGAACAUGAUAAAGUGAGACAGGGCUGGCAAUUUUAAGACUGUUGGGGUCUAAAUGUAAAAUGACUGGCAGUUUGAAAGUUUUAAUCUACCAGUGCCAUAGAAAUUUUAAAAUCUUAUAAGUGUUUUAAUAUAGAUCAUCUGAGGCAAGCCUAAGAGCCAAGCUCCUGAUUGCAGUAAGUUAACCUGGUUUUAACCUGCAAUCCAAUGGAAACCAUUUCCUGGUCCGCAGUCAACUUGAAAAAGAACACAUGACCUUGCUGAGCUCUAAACCCAAGCCCACGAUAUGGCCACUUGAUACUGGUCAGCAGAUACCUUGUUUUGAUAGGUGUCAAUAAUAGACCAUAACAUGGAUGUCUGCCAUGCUGCACAAUGCUGUUGUCGUGGGGCACACGUACCCACGAUCCAUGCUGCUAGCCAUGUUGAAAAAAGAGUUAGGGUUAGGGUUAGAGCUGCAUGGUUUUCCAUUUCUAUGCAUGCAUGUGGUUCUGCUCCUAUAGUUCUGGUGCUCCUCCUGGCAGCCCUUCGGACUGCCAGAGCUCCACUAAAAAAGUAAACAAGAUUUGUAUGGAAGAAAGGUGCUGCAUGGCAAGCAUAAUAAUCCUUUAAAUUUCAAAUUACCAUAAAAUGACCAUUUCAGUGGUCUCAAACUGGCAACUCUACUUCUUUUCUGGCACCCAUUUUGUUCCACAACCAUUUUAUGUGAUUGCCAAAGCCACCUGGACAGGGCUUAUUUAGUAUUGAAUAUACAUGCAUCUGUAUUCUCAUGCAACAAUGUUGGGCAGGGUUAACAGAGGAGAGGCAGGGUUAACAGUUCCACUACAAGACACAAGCCAAUCUCUUAUCACAAUGUUUUAUUCACAAAGGUUGCAUCUAAUCAGCAAUAAGUCUGGAAUUGAAAUUGUCACACAACAGCUGAUCUUGAACAUCUAAUGACAGUGAAGAAGAGUGAAGUAGGUCUGUUUU